AAGGCUCUUGCCUUAGGCAGCCGAGAUUAUAGCCGUUCUUCGAUGGUUUUUGUGCCUCUGCCGGUGGAGUUGGAUGAGAACGAGGACGAGGCUGUCCUGGAGGCCACGCGGCAGCUCUCCCAGUACUGCGCGAAAGCGCGGCAGCGCUCCAGCACCACAACUCCGCAUGAGGCCGACCUGCGCGCCCUGCUCCAGCAGCGUGUGAGCACACUGGCGGAGGAACUUUUACGGCAAGAGCUGGAGCUGCAGGAGCUGCGGCGCACCAGCAGCGCAAUGCCACCAGAGGUGGACGAGUUGCGAGAAGAGAAUGCGCUGCUGGCUCAGCGGGGGGCUGAAAUUUGCGAGGAGGCUGCCAAGCUGUCAGCAGAGCGGGGAAGCUUGGAAGAGGUGCAAAAGCAAAAGGAGGAAGAGGUGCAGCGGCUGCAAGCUGAGAGAGACGCCUUGAGCGCUCAGGUGGACAGCGCUGCUCAAGCAGAGGCCACUGCCCGUGGCGUCCAGGAGUCGGCGCUUAAAGCGCUGGAUCUGGAGCGGAGACAGAGCCAGGACUUGGCCAAAGCGCUGGGCACGGCUUUGCAGCAGCGGCACGCGGCAGCUGAGGAGGCGGAGCGCCAACUGGUGACCUAUGAGCGAGAGGUCACCCACCUCGAGGCCAGCAGUGCAGCGGCCACUGCAGAGGCUCAAGAGUCCCAGGGCGUUCGAGAGGCCGAGGCCUCGCGCAGGCGCCAGCUCGUUCAGCAGUUGGAAUCACAGCUGGAGCAGCAAGCACAGCUGCAGCAAGGCCAGCAGCAGCAGGAGCAACAGCUCUACGAGGAGCAAAAACAGCAGCAAAAGCAGCUGGCAGAGGCGCGUGCUGAAGCGCGGCGGUUGGAAGCAGCAGCUCAGCGCCUAGCGAGAGAGCUGGCGGAAAGUGAACAGAAAGCAGAGGAGGGCGAUCGAAAGGCCAUGGCUGUGGCCAAGGAACUCAUGGAGAUCGGCCGCAGCGUGGGUGGCCUGCGCUCUGAGCUGAGUGACGCAGCUCGUACCGGCCUCGAGGCGGCGCAGAAGGCGACAGGUGCUUUGCAGCAGCGCCUUGCUGCGAGAGGAGUUGGAGAGAGGUCUCCCCUGGAGGAGGAACGGGCAUUGAAGGAAGCACUGCGGAGCGCUUGGGAAAACGAGGCCUCAGAGCGCCGGCAGACCGAGGAGAAAUUGCAGAAGGCUGAAGCGUUCUGGCGGCGCUUGCUGGAGCAGUGGCAAUCCUUGGCCUUGCUGGCACGUCGAUGCAGGAAUGAGGUUCCCCUGCCGAUUCCAGACGAUUCCAUGUGGGAGGAGGACGCACCAGGUGCUAUGAAGGCUUUGAUCGACUUCUUUGAGGCUUUGUUCCGACGAGACGAGGCAAUUGUUAAUGGUCAUCGUGUUCCAUCCUUGUCGGCUUCCCCUGCACGCGUGACUCGUGCAUGGAGAUGAGGGCAACAGGCGGCCAGAAUACAAGGCCAUCAGUGUGGAGAGACGCGGCCAGAAACGCUGCG